CAACCCACUUUUCUGCGAAGGAGAGAUGACGAUUUAUAACCUCUACAUAUUCGACAGAAAUUGCUCCUGUCUUUACUACAAGGAGUGGACGAGGCAGAAAGAAGCCGGAAUUCCUCGAGAAGAAGAGUUCAAGCUUAUGUACGGAAUGAUAUUCUCCCUCAAAUCCCUCAUCUCUCGACUCUCGAUCAUCAGCGCCAAGGAGGGCCUCGUCGGUUACACGGCCAGCAACUACAAACUCCACUACUUUGAGACGCCGACGGGGUUCAAGUUCGUCAUGAACACAGACACUAGCGUCGGAAACGUCCAAGACGUUCUGCGCCAUAUAUACGCACGGAUAUUCGUCGAGUACGUCGUACGAAACCCGGUGGCGCGGCCUGGAGAGCACGUAGACAGCGAACUGUUUGCAGCAAAAUUGGACGAUUAUAUACAGGACCUGUCCUUCAAAUGAUACAGUUUUUAUCCUCACCGACGCGACUAGUACGUUACGCGGCGCCAGUACGCAUGCGCGGUAAUGUCACGUGUGAGCCAAGAAAGUCAGUGAAUGCUGGUGAGAAGGGGGUUACUAUUGGCAGGGAGGGCAAGGCCGUGUAGUCAGUCAGUGUUCUCCCGGACUGGUACUGUUGAAUGGGGUCACGAGCACAGACCCAGACUGGUGGUGGACUGCGGCCUUGGUCACCUCAUGACUCACGAACGUGAGUUGAAGUCACUGGCAGAGCAGAUCAGACUGCUAUACUUUGAGAACCUGAGUGCCCCCAGACCAUUCCAGCUCUACCUGACUGGACUGGGGACACAGAGCAAGCUACACCAGACUCUGACCAAUAACAUCCCAAAUUUCAACAGUUACCAGGCAAUGAUUGGCCCUUAUAAUAAACGUCCACACUAAAACCAAACAUAUCUUGCGCAACAUGUUGGAAAAGAGAUAAAGUUGUGCAGUGUAUGUUAGCCUCAAAACGAUUCACUCUCUAAUGUAGCUAGAGCUAACCGGCAAGCUCUGGGACCUCACACAUUACGUCAAACUCCCACUCUAUAGCCCUUCUCACAG